AGAAACACUUUUUAACAUCUGCAACAAGAUUUAGGUGAGGGGUUUGUCUACUUGCCCCGGGAAGAGAGAGAAAUAGAGAAUCUGAAGUGUAUCUUGAUCUAGGGUUUCUCAUCGACACAGACCAAAAUCUCCAUGCUUUGAACUAGGAAGGCGCAGUAUUCAUCUUGUCUUUUAUGUCUUUCAUGUCAAGCCAAAGGACUUUUCUUCCAAAAUCUGUAUCUAGCUAAGCCUAGAAUUAACCUCCGAUCUAUAUCUCUCUUUACCAUAUACUUUCUAUUUUUCUUUUGAAAUCAUUUAAAUAAGAAGAAAAAUGAUCUCAAGUAUGGAGGAAGGUGAGAAAACUGAUAGAGAAGAAGAGGAGGACGAAGGAGAAGGCCAAGAGAGUAAGGCUUCCAGCAAUAGUACAGUAGAAGAGAGCGAUAAGAAGACAAAGGUUAGGCCUUAUGUGAGAUCUAAAGUCCCUCGACUCCGGUGGACUCCUGAUCUCCAUCUUCGUUUUGUCCGCGCGGUGGAGAGGCUUGGAGGUCAAGAAAGAGCAACACCAAAGUUGGUUCGUCAGAUGAUGAACAUCAAAGGGCUUAGUAUUGCUCAUGUCAAGAGCCAUCUACAGAUGUACAGAAGCAAGAAGAUAGAUGAUCACGGUCAAGCCAUAUCUGAUGACAAAUAUCUAUUUGACACUUCCACAGAUCGAAAUAUCUAUAAACUAAGUCAGCUACCAAUGUUCCGAGGCUAUAAUCAUAACAAUGAUUCUCCAUUCAGAUAUGGAAGUAAAUUUUCAAAUGCUUCGUUGUGGAGUUCUAGCUCUCACGAAACAAACCGGAGUUUGGUAGACCAAAUUAGGCCCGGUUUAAUCCGCAGCUCAUCGGUUAGCAAUAAUAUACGUGGUAGUGAAUAUUGGACUAACAACAGGUCUUUCCAAAACAUCUACUCUUCUUCAGUCUCUAAUCACUUACCAAAACUAAGACACGAUCAUCAAGAACGGACCAAUUCAGUCAGCAUUCAAGGACACUCAUCAAGAACGUUAGAAAAGUUCCAGAUCGGCGUUGAAGAGAGAAUUAAUAUGCAUGCUUACUGUAACAAGACAACGGGAAAAAGAAACGCAAGUAAGAGCCUUGAUCUUGAUCUCGAUCUCUCUCUUAAGAUAACACAACCCGAGAAGACAGUUUCGGAAGAGACAGAAUCAGCAGCAACAACAACGGAUCAAACGUUGUCCUUGUCGUUAUGUUCGGGGUCGUCUGCAUUGAAAAAGAGCCGACUGAUCAAGACAGAUGAUGAAGAGGAUCGGACGGUUAAGAGUGGUUGUCGUCAGGCAAGUACUCUGGAUCUGACUCUAUGAAUUAUAGUUAAAGAAUGAGACAAAUUCUAAGUGAGAUCUUGAGGUACUUAUCCGAUAUUUAAAUAUUCAGUGUCCUUUGUUGUUACUUGUUUCUGUAUUUUAAGUAUUAUUAGAAAGGAAACAAAACGGUCUGAUUAUAUUAACCAUCUUGAGUUUGUUUGAUACCGCCAAUUUGUAUCGUCAUAUAUAUAAACAAAUGUUAC